AUGACGUCAACAUCUCGAGGAUAUCAGCGAGUCGACUCGAGUGAUGUCGGCAGUCUGGUUAUGGAGGAGGACGGUGACAAUCCCCAUGAAGCACUGCUUCAUCGGAAUAACGAUGAUUAUGCAUCCACAUACCACCAUGUAGGCGUCGAGUACGAUAGCUAUGAGGAGAUGGAACGACAAGAAUUGGACGACCGUGUGGCUGAGAUUCCAGAAGGUUUCCAUCGGAGACAGAGGAGGGUGUACGAGGAUCUGCUUUUUGGCAUCGAAGUCGCCGAAGAGGAAGAGAUUCGAGUUUUGGGGAGGAAGUUGAGGACAAGGGAAGCUCUAUUUGGUGAAGAAGUGACAAGAGCCGGCCUGGGACGAGCCGAAUACUAUGAGGAUAGUCAUAUGAUACAUAGUUGUGAUAAGAGCGGUCACGAAGACAUUGACGAUGAAAGUGACGAUGAGACCAAGGAUGAGGAUGAAGAAGAGGAGGAAACUGGGAUACGGAAGUUCGCAAAACUCGUCCUACCCCAUGUAGCUCUCGUGUUGCUCACUUGCACCUAUACCGUAAUUGGAGCACUUAUAUUCUACAGUGUCGAGCAGCCACACGAGCAAAUGAUGAAGGAGCAGCAGCUAAAAUUAAUCUACACUCGUCAAAAUGAGUUCGUCGACGAUUUGAUUCGGUUGGCGGCUGGAAAUGAGACAAAACGAUACGAAUGGGAGACGCUAGCCGAACGGCAUAUGCACAAUAUGUCUGAUCAGUUAUUUGUGGCGUUUGAGAAGUAUUUUUUGACGAGCAAUGAGGUAAAAAAGAACGCAGCAACCGAGACAUGGACAUUUUCAUCGUCCAUAUUCUUCGCGGUUACUGUAGUCACAACCAUCGGCUACGGUAAUCCAGUACCUGUCACAAACAUCGGCAGGAUAUGGUGUAUCCUUUUCUCGUUGCUCGGCAUACCUCUCACACUUGUCACCAUCGCCGACUUGGGUAAAUUCCUAUCCGAACAUCUCGUCUGGUUGUACGGUAACUAUCUGAAACUCAAGUAUCUAAUUCUGUCACGUCAUCGGAAGGAACGACGAGAGCACGUUUGUGAGCAUUGUCAUAGUCAUGGAAUGGGACAUGAUAUGAACAUUGAGGAGAAGAGAAUUCCCGCCUUCCUAGUUUUGGCAAUUCUAAUUGUCUACACUGCCUUUGGCGGUGUCCUAAUGUCAAAACUGGAACCUUGGUCUUUUUUCACAUCCUUCUACUGGUCCUUCAUUACAAUGACUACUGUCGGUUUCGGCGAUCUGAUGCCUCGACGGGAUGGAUACAUGUAUAUCAUUUUGCUCUAUAUCAUUUUAGGAUUGGCCAUUACUACCAUGUGUAUCGAUUUGGUUGGAGUGCAGUACAUUCGAAAAAUCCAUUAUUUCGGACGAAAGAUUCAAGAUGCUAGAUCCGCGUUGGCAGUGGUUGGAGGAAAGGUGGUCCUUGUCUCGGAACUCUACGCGAAUCUAAUGCAAAAACGCGCUCGAAACAUGUCUCGAGAAGCGUUCAUCGUCGAGAAUCUCUAUGUCUCCAAACACAUUAUCCCAUUCAUUCCAACCGAUAUUCGCUGCAUUCGAUACAUUGAUCAGACUGCCGACGCCGCGACGGUUUCCACGUCAUCAAGUGCAAUGGAUAUGCAGAGUUGUAGAUUCUGUCACUCUAGAUAUUCGCUGAAUCGAGCAUUCAAGUAG